AUGGAGGGACACCAGGACGUCGUCACUAAGAUUGAAUGGCAUCCUCACGAUCCCUGCAUCCUGGCCAGCAGUGGCGACGACCGCCGAGUCAUCUUCUGGGAUAUCAGCCGUGCCGGUAGCGAGCAGACACCCGACGAUGCUGAAGAUGGUCCACCAGAAAUGUAUGUGGCUGUUCUUCUCUUGGUUUUCCACUUCAAUGCUAAUAUCAUACUAGGCNUUUUCAUGCACGGUGGUCACACUAGCCGUGUUUCAGACUUCAGCUGGAACAAGAACGACCCUUGGAUGAUGUGCUCGGUCGCCGAGGACAACCUGAUCCAGUGCUGGCGUGCAUCGAGAAACUUGGUGGAAACCUUGCCUCCCGGUAUUCCACGCCGUGAAGUGUCUGUGUCUCAAUGA